UUCAGCUAGCGGCUGCUGUGCGGUGGGUAGGGCCCCGGACCUGGGCCCCCCUCUUUCUCUAUCUUUAGUUUUCAUAGCUGAGAUCACACAUUUCAGUGGGAAUAACGAAUGUAAUCAAUCAUCGAUCGUAUUACUCUAUUAAUUGAGCGCAACUGUUUGUUAUUGACCAGAUUUAAAGGGCCACUGCAUUCGGGUGUGUUCAUAAGUGGGAGUUCCUCUUUUUUACGCGUCUCUUUUGGACCCUGUAAUGGAAUAACUGAGACUGCAAACCAUGAACAAAAUGGAGAACAAGGCUCUAGAGAGCAGCUUUGAAGAAAAACUUACGCUGUCAGACAAAGUUCUCACAUCUCCUCCAGGGACGAGCGGCACGCUUCAGAAAGAGAUUGAGUUGGACAGUGAGAUCCUGAAAGCUGACGACACAACGGUCACAGACUCCUCCCUCAUAACAGACCCUCCCUCAAAAACAGAACCAAUCAAAUCUGACCCGAGACCCGGCACACCUGGAUCCAGCCCCAACCCGCCGACAAAAAAAGAUGGGAUGAGUUCAGAGCAACGGCAGAAACAAGCCAAAAAGCGACGAGAGGAACGGGCCAAAUAUUUGGAACAGCGAACUCAGGAGCAAGCGGCCAAGAAAGCUCAGUGGUUGGAGAAGGAGGAGAAGGCACGGCGUUUGCGCGAGAGCCAGUUAGAGGAGCGCAGAAGGAAGUUAGAGGAGCAGCGACUGAAGACGGAGAAACGAAGAGCUCUACUGGAGGAAAAACAGAGACAUAAACUAGAGAAGAACAAGGAGAGGUAUGAAUCUGCCAUAAAGAGGUCAACCAAAAAAACGUGGGCUGAGAUCCGUCAGCAGAGGUGGUCAUGGGCCGGCGGCUUGAACCAGACCUCCCGCAGAGAGAGCAGAUGCUCGGCCUCCACGGUCAACCUGCCACGGCAGACGGAGCCUGUGAUUAACAACAGGCUAUCCAAGUCCUCGGCCACGCUCUGGAACUCGCCCUGCAGAACCCGCAGCUUGCGUCUGAGCCCGUGGGAGAGUCGCAUCGUGGAGAGGUUGAUGACGCCCACCCUUUCAUUUCUGGCUCGCAGCCGGAGCGUCGCCACCCUCCAGAACAGCAGCGACCCCCAUCAGUGUUCCCGCUCUGCGUCCGUAUCUCCUCUGACGCCCUGCUCCCAUCAUCAUCCUCACCAGCACAGCGCUGAACGCUGGAGGGUCUCGGCCAGCACACCUGACAUCACACAACGCCAGCAGAGACGCAACUCUACACCGUUUGAGAAGAAGAAGAAAGAAAAGAAAGACAAGGAACGAGAGAACGAAAAGGAGAAGAGCGCCCUGUCUAAAGAAAAAGUGGAGAAGAAGAGACCGUCCCAAUCCAUAACCAGAACGAAAACAGAAGCCAGCCCAAAUAUCAGAGCUAAAAACAGAGCUUCAUCACCUGCGACGUCCAGGAGUCGCCCCUUCUCCCCCAAUCCAGCGGUGUCCCCCAAACCACCCUCAUCUGCGGGCCGGACUCCUCCAGGCACCAAGACCCGGCCUAAACGCGCUCAGACUCCCGCCCGCGUGCAGGCCCCCGCCGUUGCUGCUGUCGCCAUGGAAACCAAGGAGCCCCAUCAGGCUGACCCUCCCAAGGACACAAAGACUGCUCCCAGUAUUCCUGACAUCACCGUCUCGUCUGCUCCGGCCACGCCCCUUACUCCCUCUGCUCCAAUCACAGCAGCUCCUCAGACACCAGAGGCGGCCAAUUUGGCAGCCACACCUUCCCGAUCACUCUCUCCUGAGCCCGGCCCUCCGAUCGCCAAGCCCAUGGCUGGGACCAAUGAUCCCGAGGAGGCGGCCCGCGUGCUGGCAGAGAAGAGACGUCAGGCCCGUGAGCAGAGAGAGAGGGAGGAGCAGGAGAGACGAGAGCAGGAGCAGAAGAGCAGAGCACUGCGUGAGGAGCACGCCAGACGUGAGGAGGAGGAGAGGAGGCGCAGGGAAGAGGAGGCGCGCUUCAUGGCAGAGCAACAGCGUCUGCAGGAGGAGAAGGAGGAGCAGGAGAGAGCACAAGCCGAGCAGGAGGAAAACCUGCGUCUGCAGAGACAGCGAGAGGAGGCCGAAGCCAAAGCCCGAGAGGAAGCAGAGAGACAGAGGACAGAGAGAGAGAAACACUUCCAGAAGGAGGAACGGGAGCGUCUGGAGAGAAAGAAGCGUCUGGAGGAAAUCAUGAAAAGGACUCGUAAGAGUGACGCAGGGGGACAGAAAGACGUUAAGGCUCCAGCUCAAGUGAACGGCAGAGUCUCUGACAGCGUAAUCCAGAAAAAUCCGUCAGAAACUCUGCAUAGUGGUGCGACAAAUUUUAACCAAUCACAAGGAGACAUGAAAAUGAGCUCUGUGUCCUGGGACGCGGCACCCGUCGUUAACGGCGUCCAGCCCACUAAGCAUCAGAAUGGACUGUCCUCCAAUGGAGAGGCAGCAGACUUUGAGGAGAUCAUCAAGCUGUCCAAUCACAGUGGCAGUGGAAACAGUGGGCAGGGCCAACCUGCUGACCCAAUCAUGGCCUUUGAAGGAGGGGAACCGUUCAUGAUGAAGGCGGGGCCUAUGAAACCUCAACAUGUGGCAGAGGUCCUGUGAGAGAGCAGAGCCUUCUGUCAGAGAAGAGAAGCCUUACGCUACCACUGCUUCCACCUCGACGUGUGCCAAACCGACAAACAGACUGCUUUAACUAUAGAAACACAGCAAGACAGAAACUGCCGAUUUCUGUGGAAGCACUUUGAGGAAGCGAAAGAAGUGGAGGAAAACCUUAAAAAGACACUUAUAUACCUAUAAGACGUUUGCAAAAAGUCUCUGUCUAUUUCACUGUGUGUCAUGGCGCAAAAUUGUUGAAUUUGUUUAAAAAGUCACCUGCCGAUUAUGUGGUGCACCUUAAAAGAGUCACUAUAUGAUGAAUUUUUGAACUUGGAAAUACACAAUGUUUGGCUAUCAUUAGGAUAUUAAUUAUUAUUGUUAUUGUUGUUGUUAUGAUGUAUUGUUACUGUUCUUUUAAGUAGAAAAACGUGUGUCUUGAAUUAUUGCGUUAUUUAACAUGUGGAGCAUCAGAAGGGGGUGAUAUUCUGUAUGUUAAUGUAUAUUUGCCUGAUUAUGACAGACCUGUGGAAUAAAUCUUUAUGAAAGGG